GUUACAUUUAUUUUUCUUGAGGACUGUUAACCGGGCAUCCCGCUUGUUACCUGCUGAAUAUCGGGGACCAACUGCCAAAAUAAUCGCCUGCCGUAUACCGUUUGUUUUAAUCGGGCAAGCCGAGGCCUGUGCGGUCACCCUGGCGUUUCCUUGCGUUGAUGGCUGUUACCUCCCCAAGCAAGAGAAUGAUUUUGUUCAGACAGUCGUUGAGGAGCUGGAAGCUUUCAUACAGAGAGACCAACAGAGAAGCCGACUCCGGUACCUGACUCACAGAACCGCGGAGAGCCACCCCUGCCUCAGCACCUUCUCUGUGGGGCGGACCGGGUGGAGCCGCAGGGUGGUGGUGUGCUUCUCCCACCUCAGGUUAGCCCCGGAGGACGGCAGUGAUGCGGAGGGCGGGGUUUGCGAGCGGUCCCGGGUUCGAGGCGGAGGGAUGGAGAGUGUUGAGGUCGAGCGAACGUCCGAGAGCAGGCAGACUCGCUGCCGCAGCCACCGGCGCCCCGACAAGGCCAUCUACAUCCCGCGGGCCAUGAGGGAGAGAGCCCCGCUCCCAACACAGGCCCUGCCCGCCACGCCCGCUCCCACCCAGCCGACUCCACCCUCAACUGCCUUGCCCAGCCAGUUAGCCACACCCACCCAACCUACUCCACCCCCAACUGCCUUGCCCAGCCAGUUAGCCACACCCACCCAACCUACUCCACCCCCAACUGCCUUGCCCAGCCAGGUAGCCACGCCCACCCAACCGACUCCACCCCCAACUGCCUUGCCCAGCCAGUUAGCCACACCCACCCAACCUACUCCACCCCCAACUGCCUUGCCCAGCCAGGUAGCCACGCCCACCCAACCGACUCCACCCCCAACUGCCUUGUCCAGCCAGUUAGCCACGCCCACAACAGUCUCGCCCACCCAAUUGGGCCCCUCCCACCCCAGCCUCGGUGUCUCUGAGGAGUCCUGUCCAGCCCCCUUGGCCAAUCAUCAGCCAGCGUCCGACGCGUUGCUAGGCGACCCUGCGGACUCGGCCAUCCCAGCCCACUCCGACCUCGGCCCCUGGGAGCAGACCAUGUCCUACUUCGUCGCCAUGACGCUGGACGACGAAUCGGACAAUGCCGGUGGGAGCUUUGGCUCCGCCCAACCCGAAGCGCAGCUGCAGACAGAGGGAGCUAAGGAUUCUGGGGAUUAUCUUCAAGAGAUCUCGGGGCAGCUGACGGAGGCGGACUUCACCAUCGAGAAUGUCCACAGCGACUACUCCGGGUACGAGACCCUGUGGAUCAGCCCCGGAGAGUUCGCCCACGUCAUCGAGAUCUACGACUUCCCCGCCGCCUUCAAAACCGACGACCUGCUCGACGCCUUCACCCAAUUCAGUGAGGGCGGUCUGAAGAUCAAGUGGGUGGACAACACUCAUGCCCUGGGAGUGUUCUCCAGUGAGUCUGCAGCACUCCAGGCUCUCUGUAUGCAGCACCCCCUGGUGAAAGUGCGCUCUCUCUAUGAGGCCAGCAAGAAGUCAAAAGGGAAAGCACUCCGGCGGGCAGAGUUUCUCCAGCCAGUGAAGGAGCGGCCGCGCACAGAUACGGCGGUUGCUAGGCGAAUGGUGACCCGGGCGCUGGGCCUGCCAAAGCCUGUCCUGCGUGGUAAACGGUGCUGACCAAAAAAACUACUGCUCAGACCUCUGCCCUACUGCAGGGAGAGCGCAGGACCGGCUGGAUGUGGAGUGUGCUUCCCCCAUUUCCGCCUGACCGCAGCCUGCCGCCCUGCGUGGUCAGCCAGGCAAGCCACCUCCCCUCCCUACCCCACUGCCCGCUCGUUUCAGCAUUCAGCCAAUCAAGCAAGGGAACCGACUGAGUGACGGAUGUGGAGGCGGGGCUAUGAAAGGGGCGGAGCGAGUGGGUGUGGCUAACAAACAGGAAGAACAUGGAUGUGUCAUUUUCUCCCUGUUUCCGCAGU